AUGUUCAAGGCCUCUGUUUGGAUUGAAAAAUACUUUUCAGUUCAAGUCUUUUUCAUCAUUUUCCGUGAGACAGUCGAAACAGUCAUCAUUGUGUCUGUUUUAUUGGCAUUUCUCAAUCGCGGAUUUGGUGAAAAGGCACUUCAUGAAAAUCACAUUAUUGACGACGAAGGUCGACCUCUCAAUACUCCAGAACAAAAUGAUGACAAUGACGACGAGCAUUCCGUUGUCGACGAAAGUACUAGUCUAACUGCUGUACGACCAACAUCAAAUGCUGCUACUUCUUCUUCUAUUUCAUCAUCUACAGCAACAACAGCAACAACACCAACUAUUUAUAACGAUAUCCAGGAGGAUAAUAACCAAAUCUCUACAACUUCCAAAGCCUUAUACCGUCGAUUGGUGAUUCAAGUAUGGGUCGGAGCAUUUCUUGGUCUUGUGGUGUGUCUUUUCAUUGGAUCCUUUUUCGUUUUUGCAUUCUACCACCUGGGGAAAGACUUGUGGGGGGCCACGGAAAAGAUGUGGGAGGCUGUUUUUUCAAUUGUUGCAUCGCUCAUCAUCACUUUUAUGGGUGCAGCCAUGCUGCGUAUCAAUAAGAUGAAGGAAAAAUGGCGCGUUAAGCUUGCCAAGGCCAUUAUUGAAACACACGAGGGCAAAGGCUCUUGGGGUGUAAAAUACCUUUCUCGCAAAUACGCCAUGGGUAUUCUACCCUUUGUCACCACUCUUCGAGAGGGUCUUGAGGCAGUAGUUUUCCUUGGUGGUCUUGGUGUUAACCAGCCGGCCUCAUCGUUCCCAUUACCAACCAUCUCUGCUAUUGCUUUGGGCUCACUGUUGGGCUGGCUCAUGUACCGUACGGGUGACCACAUGUCGAUCCAAUACUUUUUGGUUGGUUCUACCUGUUUCUUGUACCUUGUUGCUGCCGGACUUAUGUCGCGCGGAGUUUGGUAUUGGGAAUUACAAAAUUUUAUUAACCAUGUGGGGUCGGACGUUUCUGAGAUGGGGUCGGGACCAGGGUCGUAUGACAUUACGCGGAGCGUGUGGCAUGUGAAUUGCUGCAAUCCGGACACUGAUGGUGGGUGGAUGAUUUUCAAUGCGUUACUUGGGUGGCAGAAUAGUGCCACCAAGCUGUCGGUUUUGUCGUACAACUUGUAUUGGGUCUUUGUAAUAGGAUUUUUCUACACAAGAUGGCACCGCGAAACUACAGGGUAUUUCCCUUUGAUUCCUCGCAAGUAUCAAAAGCAGGGAUUUAAGAAGCUGAACUAUACACCAGAGGAGGCUCGUCGGAUUAUGAAUAAGGCAACUUAUUUGUAUACUCAAGGUGGUGAAGGAAGCUUGCCAAAUGAAGACCAAAGCCUGGGGGAUUACCCUACUGGAGCAAGCAGUGCGGGAGGAAGACCUCGUAAUUCGCAUGACUCUCAAACCAGUCAGACACCAUUAAUUGUUCGAUAA